UCGACCCGUUAUUGUUGCAAGAUGCACACCGCGCACAUUGCGCUCUCGCUGACGGCGUUGGCCCUAGGAACGUUCGCAGCGAGUGUCGGCCAGCCUAAACUCUACGGUGAAAUCCAAGGACGGGGCAAGGUAGUCUGUUAUUAUCAAACCUGGGCCUACAACAGACCAGCUCCGUAUACCUACGACAUCGAGGACAUUCCUGCAGAGCUUUGCACUCAUCUCAUUUACUCAUUCGUGGGCUUGAGCAACAAAACGUGGGAGGUCGUUUCCAUCGAUGAGAAGCUCGACAUCGAAAAGAAUGGUUUCAAACGCUUCAACGAUCUGAAGAAGAAACACCAGAACCUCAAGACCAUCCUCGCCAUCGGAGGUUGGGAUGAGGGGGGUCAGAAGUACUCUGACAUGGUCGGGGUCAAGGAACGCCGCGCGAUUUUCGUCCAGUCCGCCGUGAAAUGGGUGAAGGAGCAUGGUUUCGACGGCUUCGAUCUCGACUGGGAGUACCCCGGCGCGGCUGAUAGGCAGGGAAAGUAUUCCGAUAAAGAGAACUUCCUGAAACUCGUGCAAGAACUCCGCGCGGUUUUCGACCAGCAAACGCCUCGCCUGCUCUUGACCGUUGCUGUACCCAUCGCCAAGUUCCGCUUGGACGAAGGAUACGAAGUCAAAGCUCUAGGAGAACUCUUCGACCACAUCCACGUCAUGUCUUACGAUCUCCGCGGGAACUGGGCAGGUUUCGCUGACGUUCACAGUCCCCUCUACCCGCGACCCUUCGAUGAAUGGGGAUACGCCAAGCUCAACGUCCGCGACGGUCUUCAACUGUGGGUCGACAAAGGCGCACCGAAACACAAGCUCAUCGUGGGCAUCCCGAUCUACGGUCGAACAUACACCCUCGGGAGCAAGGACAACCACGGACUUCGCGCCGGAAUCCGUCGCUGGGACACCGACGGCGGGAAACCCGGUCCCUACACUAACGCUAGCGGCUUCCACGCGUACUUUGAAGUUUGCCAGAACGUGAAAGAGAAUGGAUGGACUCGCGAAUGGGACGAUAUCGGAAAGUGCCCCUACGCCUACAAAGACGACCAAUGGGUCGGAUACGAAGACGAGGAAUCCGUCGCAAUCAAACUCGAUUUCAUCAUCAAGCAAGGCUAUGGAGGAGCCAUGGUGUGGGCGGUCGACAUGGACGACUACAGAGCAGAUUGCGGGAAAAAGAACGCCCUAAUGACGAUGAUCAACACUUCGAUGGAAAAGUUUUCUCCGCCACCUAUGCCGACCACGACGCCUCGCCCCGUCAUUCCGGCGGACAAGUCGACGAGCAGGCCCUCGAACGAAGGCAUGGGAGACUCGACGUCGAGGUCCACGUCGACAACGACGACCACCAAAAGACCGAUUCCCCCACCGAACGCCGAAGUAUGCUCCGAUCCGCAAUUUAUGUUCUACCCUCACGAGAAAGAGUGCACCAUGUACUACCUCUGUGUUCACGGCAAGCCCGAGCUCAAGCAGUGCCCGAAAAAAACGGUCUGGGACACCGACAAGCUCAUUUGCAAUUGGCCGGUGGACGUGACGCGUCCUGAAUGUAAAAGCGUUGUGUUCGCCGCUCUCGAGACCGCGGAGGAAACCGAGACCCCGGUCGGGAAACAAGAUGAUCAAGGACUCAACAACAAAGGACCAACAAGGGAGUCGGGGAAGGAUUCUUCUUCGGAAAAGCACAACAACUCGAUAGAGGACAACAAGAACAGCGGUAGCGAGGGCAAAAAGGAGUCGGUCUGA